AAGUUGGUCCAGUAAUGUUGAUGAGUCAAGAUGGCUGCUGCUGUGAUGGAUCAGCUGGUGGAUGAUGUUGUUAGUGCUGGUGAAGUACUGAAGGAUGACACCCCAGGGGUCAGUGGAGAGGUCAUGCUGGUCAACACUGACAGCUUCGAGGAGUGUAACCAUGAACUAGACACUACUACCACCACGGGGGGCGCCGCACCCGGCCACCCCUCGCCCCCGCCCCCCUCACCCAUAACACAACAAAUGCAGGUAAAGGAGCUUGUGGAAGGAGUGGGAAAUAUGGCAGUAGCAGACUAUGGUGAGAAAGCAGAGCCAGAAGAUACUAUGCAAGAUUUGGGCCCAGAUGAAGAUGGUGAGGAAGAAAAUAUUGAUGAAGAGUAUUUGCAGAGCACUGAUUGGCUACAGAAGGAGAAGCAUGUAUUUAUUUUGAGCGAAUCGGGGAAGCCUAUUUACACCAGAUAUGGGAAGGAAGACCGACUAGUAACUCUCUUUGGCCUGAUGCAAGCCCUGGUGUCAUUCGUGGCCGACAGUGAUGAUGUUAUCCGUUGCAUUGUGGCCGGAGAGCACAAGUUCGUGUUCCUGGUGAGGUCUCCACUGAUUUUAGUCGCAGUUUCUCACUCGGUCGCCAGCAUAGCGCAGCUCCUCAUGCAACUCACGAACAAGCGGGUUAAUCUUGGAAAAUGUUUUCAGGUGACAAAGGAGUUUGAGUUGUACGCAGCUCUGGAACCCCUCGUGACCAAGAACAAUGCAAUUAUCUACAUCAACAAACUACUUCGAUGGAUCAAAUGUGAUGAACACAGAUUGUUUAUAUUGAGCUCACCAACAUUUUAGUAUUAAGUGUAUCUUUUUAUAUACGUACAUUAUUGUACCUAUGUACAAAGUUGAUCUCUUUACCAGUAUCUUUUUAUAUUCCAUAAGUCCCCAUUGAAUUUGUGCUACCGUAUUCUCUGGCAUAUAAGGCACGCCUCUUUCCCACAAAUUAUAUAAUUAUAACUAAGCGCUAAACCCACCAUACAGCACUUUUUUUCCCACAGAAAGUCUUGGAAAAUCAGCCUGCACCUUAUGGUCAAGGUCGAGGGUAGUCUGUUAUGCUUUAACGUAAAGUACAAGGGUAAUUAACCCUGGAAUAUAAUUACUGAUUUACUGUUACAAUAUUUGUAUCGUGCAUUUUAUAUGCCAGAAAAUAUUGUUCCUUUAAAAGUUUAGUGUGUGCUGUAAAUAUUUUUAUUUAUUGCAUGAAAGAUUUUAUGAUAGAAUAAACAUUCCAGAAUGGUUAAAUACACUA